AUGGCUGAAACUGCUGCAAAGAAGCUCAAGACAUCAUCGCCCUUGAUUGGCACCCACAAUGGUCAUUUCCAUGCCGAUGAGGCUCUCGCAGUCUACCUUCUCCGUCUUUUGCCCGCCUAUUCUUCUUCUCCUCUAGUUCGGACUCGUGAUCCCACUCAGCUUGAGACAUGCCACACUGUGGUUGACGUUGGUGGUGUGUACGACGCUGCUAUCAACCGCUACGAUCACCACCAGCGGACUUUUUCCACCACCUUCCCUCAGCACAACACCAAGCUCUCAUCUGCAGGCCUAGUGUACAUGCACUUUGGCCGUUCCAUCAUUGCACAGAACCUGUCCGUGCCCGAGGACCAUGCCAACGUUGAUCUGCUGUACGAGAAGCUCUACACCGACUUCAUCGAGGCCAUUGAUGCCAACGACAAUGGUAUCUCCGCCUACGACUCUGCCGCUUUGGCCGCUGCCAGCGUAGAGAAGCGCUUCAAGGAUGGCGGUGUUACUCUUGCCUCCAUUGUGAACGACAUGAACAACCCAGACCCCACCAGCCCUCCUGGUGAGCCCCAGGAUGAGGAUAGCCUGUUCGGCCGGGCUAGCACUCUGAUUGGAAACGUGUUUGCUCGCAAACUACACAGCGCCAGUACCAGGUGGCUGCCUGCCCGUGCCACCGUUGGUGCUGCAUACAAGUCGCGUACCGAGGCUCACCCCUCUGGUCGUAUCCUUGUGCUGCCCGAGGGUGGCGUGCCCUGGAAGGAACAUCUGUACAACUUUGAGAAAGAUGCCUCAACAGCCAAGGGAGACCCCGCUGCGCAGGUUUAUUAUGUUCUGUACCCCGAGAGCGGCGCAGAGGACUCCAAGUGGCGCGUGCAGUGCGUUUCUGAGACCGAGUCUAGCUUUGUAUCCCGGAAACCCCUGCCCGAGGCCUGGCGCGGAGUCCGUGAUCAGGACUUGGAUGCUAUGAUUGCCUCUGAAGCCGAGAAGAACGGCCAGGCCAAGAUUCCCGAGGGAGCUGUUUUCGUGCACGCCAGUGGAUUCAUUGGUGGCCACCGGACCCGUGAGGGAGCCAUGGCCAUGGCUGUUCGGGGCUUGGAGUAA